AAGCGGUUUAACGUUUUUGCGAGAUUGCGUCUUUAACUUUUUGCAAAAAGCAAAAUCUGAAAAAAUAAAGUGAUAAUGUCUCUCGAUGUGUCUCCCGUUUGUUCCAGCUGUGGGAAGUAUACGGUUUUAUCUAUUUCCUGCACAAAGUGUCUACAAAUUUGUUGCACUGCUUGUUUUAACGUUUUGGUUAGUGCAAUGGUAAAGGCCGAUGUCGAUGUGGCUUUAUUGGCGGAUCGAGUCUGUCGUAAAUGCAACGAAAAUCGCAUGAACAACUCAGCCAUCAAUUCCGAAAAUGGAACUGAUGCGGCGAAUGUCGACAGAUCCGAGAUAUGCGAUUUGCAUGGAAAGGAGCGUACUCUAUAUUGCUUGAACUGCUCAACUAGUAUUUGCGGGGACUGCAUGAGCCUUGGAGAGCCACACGACUUCCACCGGGUCGACAAUUUGGUAGCCGUGUAUUUUGAUAAGGCCUCAAAGGUUGUAGACAAAUUGAGGAGCGCAAAGAAAUUGAACGACGAUCUUCACGUCGGAAGUGCGAUUUAUCGGAAGAACCUUGAGUUUAUUGAGAAAGAAGAGGCUGAUAUGCUCGAAGAAAUCGAAGCAAUUGCUCAGAACUCAAGACUUGAUGUGUCUCGCAUUACUACAGCUCGAAAGGAGAUACUUCACCAAAAGCUUAAAGUUCCCGUUACGAACAGUGCACUUCUGGAGGAUAUGUGGAAUACAGCCAAACAAAUGUCGCCGUACAGAUUGCUGGGUCUGCUCCCGGAAUUCGAAGCUAACUGUGACAAAUUGCUUGCUCAGAACGUCGCGAUCACGGUGCAGCAGUUUGACGAUAUUCAUUGUGACUUGAUAUCACCAUAUGAAUUUACGGAAAUGGUUUUCCGAGAGUUCCACAAUGGUGCCGACGGAGACAUCUCUGCCGCUCACUUAAAGAUGUAUAACGGUGUAGAAUGGAGGUUUACGGUUGAGAAAACGGAUGUGAUUCUUAUCAAGCCUUGUACAGUCGACCCUCAAAUGAAGAAUGUUCCGCAUCAGCUGAUGGUAAUGUUUCCUCACAAGAACUAUGACAAGACGAUAUAUCGAACAAUAGAACUGGUAGAGGGCCAAUACAACACAAUUGACCUUUAUUCUUCAUUUCUCGUGGACGAAGGAUUUUGCGAUGAAAUUAACGGCGAUUUGAUGAUGAAGAUUGGAAUUCGAUGUACAAAUGUGUUUUCUGACCUGCAAAUAUUGGAGCAUCAGAUUAGCGAAUACCUUGUUAUGCACUUUCAUCCAAAAUUAAGCGUAUUUCAAAAUGUGGAUGUGUUGGAAUCCAAAGAAAUUACAGAUGAUAAGAAUAGACAGUGGUAUCUAAGGGUUAAAGUGGUUUCAAACAAGUUUGGAGCUUAUAUCUGUUUGCGCGAAACAUCUGAUGUUUAUUGCGACUUCUUUAUCGAAUUGAUACACCGCAAUCCAGCUAAGAAUAUUAAGAGAAUCUCAAAAAAUCAACAUUUUCAAACAAGUGGUUGGGGCUGGAUCCCAUUCAUCAUGUUCGACACAGUAAACAACGACUGCGACUUUCAUCCUGAUGGCGAUUUGCAUUUCCGGUUUGGAGUACGGCCCUUAGUCAACCCCGAUGCAUCAGAAAAUGAAUAAUUUUGUCCGUUCGAACUCGCAGUCAAGGAAGAUGUUAGAUUUACUCUUUGUCUUAAAUACUACCAUAUUGAAUUAUUUCUCUAAAAAGAAUACGAUAAGGGAGCACAAAGUUUUAUGAUUCAUAAAAGUGAGUGUAAUAUUUUUUAGUUUAUUGGAUAAUAAAUAAUUAAAUAACCA